AUGCUCACGUCUUCGCAUAAGGAUGCUCGACACUCACUUUGCUACAUCAACUACCUUCCUAUCCAUCUCACCCCACAGAUGGUAUUGACAAUGGCCAACAUCCUCGUCACGGGAGGCGGGCGUGGCAUUGGCCGAGCCACAGCCCUUCUAGCGGGCGCACGCGGCUGGUCCGUUGGCAUCAACUACACCCGCGACGCGUCUGCAGCAGACCGGACUGUUGAAGACGUGCAGAAAGCAGGCGGCAGGGCGGCGAAGCUGAAGUUCGACAUCACCAGAGAGGCGGAUGUAGUAGACAUGUUCUCAGCUCACGAGAGCUACUUCGGCACCCUCAGCGGCGUGGUCAUUAAUGCUGGUAUCACUGCGAAGAGUCAACCACUAGCAGAGUUUACUACCGAGAGGCUGAGAAAUGUCAUCGACACGAACGUCUUCGGAUCCUACCUAUGUGCGCGGGAGGCCUCGAGGAGACUGGCGAAGAGCGGCAAGAAGAACAGAAGUAUCGUCUUCGUGUCUUCAGUAGCAAGCAAGCUGGGUUCGCCGAACGAAUACGUGGACUACGCCGGCUCUAAGGGCGCUAUUGAUUCACUGACUAUUGGAUUGGCAAAAGAACUUGGUCCCAAGGGGAUUAGAGUGAACAAUGUUAGACCGGGAAUCAUCAAGACAGACAUUCACGACCUUUCUGGAGUCCCCGGCCGAGCUGACAAACUUGGGAACAUGAGUCCACUGGGACGACCGGGUGAAGCUAGCGAGGUCGGUGAAGCGAUUAUAUGGCUUCUCUCACCCCAGGCAAGCUACGUAACAGGCGCUGCUAUUGACGUGGCUGGAGGGAGUCUGACGAAGAGUCAUGGCAAGGCGAGUAAGGGCUCAUCCGGUGGCCAUACUCCGAUGGUAGUUCGGGAGGAUUGCACGACAGGCAUUACGCCUCCCAUUCUUGCCGCCGUAGAUUUCCAUACGCCAAUCUCCUUCCGUAGUCAAUCUUGGGUGUCUUGCAUCGAUUGCGUACGUCGGACCGACUGA